AUGUCAUACAAGUCCGUCUUCCCCCCGUUGAAUAUACCUUCGACGAACAUCCUCUCGUAUAUCUACCCCUCCAAUGAGCCCCUCUCCGACAAGCCCAUCUGGAUCGAUGCUGAAAAUCCCGCACAUUGUCUGUCCCCGCGACAGAUGCUAUCGUGGGUGCGCCGACUCGGUUUCGGUCUGGACAGACUGCGCAUCCAGAAAGGCGAGGUCGUCCUCAUCCUCACACCGAACCAUCUCUUCGUUCCAAUCGCCUACCAGGGCAUCGUAGGCGCGGGGCGCAUCUUUAGCGGCGCAAACCCAGCGUAUACACCAUCGGAGCUGGAGUAUCAGAUCAGAAACACCGAUGCGAAGUUGCUGCUCGCUCAUCCCAGCUUGAUCGACAAUGCAAUCGAGGCUUCUCGACGCGCUGGGCUCAGCAAGGACCGCAUUUUCCUGUUCACCGACGAGGCGCCAAUUGGCCCACUACACGGUGUGCACGAUUGGCGCACUAUGAUCGGCACCGAGGAGGAGGGCGCGUCGUGGAAAUGGGACGAGAUGGCGGACACGGCGCAAAGCGCUGUUGCGACGAUCAAUUAUUCCUCUGGAACCACGGGCCUACCAAAGGGAGUGUGCAUCUCGCACCGCAAUCUGAUCGCCAACGUCGAGCAGACGAUUUUUAUACGAGACCAGGCAACGUCCUACGCAGCCGUGGAUGCGCCUCGUCCGGAAGAGCGCUGGGUGGGUUUCCUGCCUCUGUAUCAUGCUUAUGGUCAAGGCCAGCUCUACGCAUGUCUCAUGGCGCCCAAGCUCGGCUUCCCGAUCUACAUUAUGCGCAAGUUCGUCUUUGAAGACUUCCUCCGCACCAUCCAGCAAUAUCGCAUCGCCCACCUCCAGGUUGCUCCUCCGAUUCUCAUCAUGCUCGAUAAACGCCCCGAAACGUCAACAUACGACCUCAGCAGCGUACGGAAUAUUCUUUGCGGCGCGGCGCCGCUUUCCAGAGAGCUGCAAAACAACAUCCAGGAGCGCUUCAAGGUUCGCGUGGUGCAGGGGUGGGGUAUGACUGAGGUGACGUGUGGUGCUAUUCUCGUUCCUGGUGGAAUGAUGGACGAAACAGGUAGUGUGGGCAUGCUUAUCCCAAACUGUGAGUGCAGACUUAUCGGCGACGAUGGUCUUAUUGUCGAGCCAGGGCAUCCUGGCGAGAUGUAUGUCCGCGGACCGAAUGUCUGUCUGCGAUACUGGCGCAAUGAGAAGGCCACUGCGGAGAGCCUGGACUGGGAUGGAUGGCUAAAAACCGGCGAUGUCGCCGUUGCCAAGGACAAUUGGUUCUGGAUUGUUGAUCGGAAGAAGGAGCUCAUCAAGGUCAACGCACUUCAGGUAGCACCUGCUGAGCUGGAGGCCGUAUUGUUAGAGCACGAUGCGGUUGAAGACGCCGGUGUGAUAGGUGUUCAAGUUGCAGAGGGCGAAGAGAGACCCCGGGCUUACGUCCGGUUGAAGGAGGGCCGCCAAUUGACCGUGGACAAUAUACAAGCCUACAUGAAGGAGCGUGUUGCAAAGCAUAAGCAGCUUGUCGGCGGUGUUAAGCUGGUCGACGACAUCCCACGCCUCGCGAGCGGAAAGAUCCAAAGAGGCGUUCUGAAGCAGUGGGCUAAGCAGGAAGUCGAAGCUUCAAGGGCUCGUCUGUAG